GCAUUUUCCAUGGCGUACUUAUUGAAUAAGAUGAUGCUUGGCGAUGGUGAAAUUUGCACCGGAGGCUUACAGAGUCUUUGUCUCGGAGCGAUUGAUGGAAAUUGGUUCGGAGUGAUUUUGGAGAUUAUUCUGUACAUUUUCUGUUUGGUCAGUCUUCAGACCAUUUGCCGCGACUUCCUAGUUCCCAGUUUGGAAGUUUUGUGUGUACGGUGUAAAUUAAAGGAAGAUGUAGCGGGAGCUACUUUCCUUGCAUUCGGCACGGCGGCUGCUGAGAUCGUGAUCAGCUGCAUCACGAUUGUUCACGGUGAUGUGUACAUCGAUGUGGGUAUCGGUUCCAUUGUUGGAGCGAGUCUGAUGGGAACUCUGCUGAUCCCUGGUAUCUGUGCUGUGAUUUCGGAGAAGCCUCUGGAGAUCCGAAGCAUGGUGUUCAUGCGUGACACCAUCUUCUUCCUCCUGGCUCUUCUGGGUCUGGUCAUCUUCAUCAACGAUGGUACCAUCUACGGACUGGAGGCCAUCUACCUGCUCGUCAUUUUCGUUGGCUAUGUCUUGUGCAUCUGCCUGUCUCCGCUGGUCAAGCGCUCCUUCCGCUUCAACCGCGAGGCGCAGGAGGCGAUGAACUCCGCUCUGAUGUCUGCGGACGGCAUGGACGAGGAUGAUAUGGAAUAUGCGCCCGUGAACGAGGCGGCCGAUGUGGCUGUGGAGGAGAUCGCUGUGGAGAGUCUGAACCCCGUGGACAACGCGCAGCCCAUGAUGGCGAAGGCUUCGGGCGUGAAGACGGCGGUGAGCUCGUUCUACACGCGCGUCGUGGUGAAUCCGAGUCGCUUCGUGUUCAACCACCUGAUUCCGAAGUGCACGCAUGGAACGCAGUUCGAGUACUUGUUCCCUCUGACGAUGAUCAUCUCGCUCCUUCAUCUGUUUAUCAUCGCGUUCGUGAUGAGUGCUGUCUGCCAGCGAUGGACGAGUCUGCUGAUCGGCGCUGGAUUCAUAUCCUUUCACUCUCUUUUUUGA